AUGGUAAUCCAAAUUUUGGAUGAUGAUCGUAAGGUUAAUUAUUAUUAUUAUUAUUCCGUUUGGGGCUUUUUACUGUUGGCCAUUUUGGCUAUAUAUCUUUUUUACCUUUUUACCCUCUUCCCUAAUUUGGGUGAUGUUUUGUGUACAACUAAAUUCUGGUUUUUGGUAUCCAACGCCAUACUUCUCAUCGUUGCUGCUGAUUUUCACGGCGCUUUCGCCUCCGAAUUCUGCUUUUACCGCCACCAGCAAUUCUCGAGAACAGUAAUUGACUGCGGUGAUAACGAUUUCACCAUUACAGCAGAUUAUCAUACCAGCAGAAGCAGUUCUGCAGUUGGAUUCGAAUACUGCCAAUUGAGCGAGGAAAUAGCCGGCGGCCGGAGCGAUCAUCGUCGGGAAGAAGAGGUAAUGAUUCCGGAGAAGAUGAUACAUGUCGAUUUUGUGGUGAAUUUGAAGGAUCGAAGUAAUUUUGGGGAGAAUGUUGGUCAUGCUGUUGAGGAGGGAAACCCUAAUUUUGAGAAGUUGGAGAGAGAGGACGAAAUUGCCGUCGCCGGCGUACCUGAAGAAGGGGGAAAAUUGGAGAGAUGCGUAGGGAAGGAAUCCGACAAGGCGGCGGAGGUGGAGGCGGACGGCGGCGAUGAGGAUGAAGAUGAGUUCUCGAGGAUGUCGGACGAAGAACUGAAUAGAAGAGUUGAGGAGUUCAUACGGAGGUUCAACAUGCAGAUGAGGCUUCAAAGCUAG